AUGGCCCUGGUGGGCGCGUGCCAGCUGCCUCGGGUGGCGCAGCGCGUCCAAGCCCAGGCUCGGGUACCUGGCCUCCCUGCACCCAAAAAUCAAGCCCCCGAGCGCCGGAAAGGCGAUGUAGAUAAGGUGUCAGCGGCCCCAUCCGAUGUUAGUGCAGAAGAGGCUGAAGGCGCCGAAACACUGGAGGCUUCCACAAAGGAUGAAAUUUCAAGCGAAACUGAGCUGGACUACCCACUGCCCAGAGCCACGGGCGGGGAGGCGAAGCGAACCGCGGGCUCCACGGAUGCUGUGUCAACUUUUCUCACAAGGCGCUUCGGACUGACUGGUGGCCUGAUUUGGCUUGGAAUUCUGGCGGUCGGUGCAAUUGGGGAGCAGAUCAAGACACGGCUGGAGGUGCGGAGUGAAAGAGAAGGUGCAAAAGAUGUGAAGGGUUCGAAGGAGGUCGUGACUGCAUCUGGGCUGAGAUAUGUUGACACGAAGAUUGGUGGUGGGGCUUACCCACAAAACGAUUUCCUUGUUGUUAUCCAGAUGAGGGGCACAGCGAAUGGUGAGGUUUUUAUCGACACAAAAGCUCGGGGAAAAGCGAUCGUUUUCAUCUUUGGGAAGCGCCCCUUCACCGGAGGCCUCACCUUGGGGGUGGAAGAAGCGCUUCGCAGCAUGAAGGCUGGCGGCAAGCGCCGCGUAACCAUACCACCCGAGCUGGGAUUUGGUGAAGGCGCCGUGCUGUUCCCCGACGAGACAGAUCCGCAGAAGAAAGGGAUUGUUCCGCCCAAUGCAACCCUUGUUGUUGACUUGGAACUUGACAGGGUGUCCAUCCCUCCUUCGUGA